CAACUCCCAAAAUCUCUACUCUCCCCUUUAUUCACAGACGGGUUUGCAAUUCUUCGAGAGAUCAUAGAGCUAUACCCACCUGGAAUCUGCAAGAUGGCCCAAAAGUGUGUCCAUCAGGGUUGUGGAAAGGAGUUUACCGAUGCUGAUGAGAAAUGCGAGUACCACCCCGGUCCGCCAAUCUUUCACGAGGGGCAGAAAGGAUGGAAGUGCUGCAAGCCUCGAGUCCUGACCUUUGACGAGUUCAUGGACAUUCCCCCCUGCACCACAGGUACACACUCAACGACCGACAAGCCUCCCCAGCUGGAGGAGAAGCCCCAGGAGGACGAAGCUGCCCUCGCGCAGAAGAUCGACGCCCUCAACGCUGCUGCUCCCUCCCGCACACCCAUCCAGACUGCCCAGCACGCUCCGACUCCGCCUCCUCCGCCGCCAGAGUCCGAAGAUGACGACCCUAGCCUCGAGAUCCCCGAUGGCGCUGCCUGCAAGCGCAAGACUUGCGGCGCAGUCUACAAGAAGGGCAGUUCUAGAGAUGAUGAAGAGUGUGUGCAUCACCCUGGGGUGCCCAUCUUCCACGAGGGAAGCAAGGGUUACUCCUGCUGCAAGCGCAGGGUGCUGGAGUUUGACCAGUUCAUGAAGAUUGAGGGCUGCAAGACCAAGACAAAGCAUCUAUUCGUGGGCAGUGGAAAGAAUGGCAACGGCAAUGGCGGCGCUGAGGAGGUUCUAACUACAGUCCGGCACGACUUUUACCAGACCCCGGCCAACGUCAUCGCCUCCUUCUUCCUCAAGAAGAUCAACAAGGAGACGGCCAAGGUCGAACUACAGACCAAGCAAGUGAACCUCGACCUCACGACAACCGACCCAACCCCCAAGCGAUACACGGCCGAGGUACCCCUCUUUGCGUCAAUCGACACAGAGAAGUCCUCAUUCAAGAUCCUCGGCACUAAGCUGGAGCUGGUUCUCGCCAAGUCGGACGGAAGUUCGUGGCCGGUGCUGCGGGGGGAUGAGGCGCUGACGGGCGAGAUCCUACAGGUUGGCCGGGCUGGAAGGGCAUGA